AUGAAAGAAGAGAAAGAGCCUGCAAUAGAAGAAGUAAGAACAGCACCAAGGAAAAUGAAAUCAGAGAAAGCAACAGGUUCAGAUGAGAUCAUGGCAGGAUACAGCAUCCCAAAAGAACAGCUGUUGCUGCUGUUUGAAAAACACAAGACCCUCCUGCCUGAGUCUGUAGAAGGAGUGGAGACCCUGUUUCAGAUAACUGAUUGCGGUUUUCCUACCAGCAUCUGCAGGAGUAUGCAGUGUUGUCAGAGUCCAUAUCAGAUGUCGCUACAGAGGGAGCUUCCUGAUUCUGGAUGCGCCAAAAACUUUUCCUUUCAAAUGGUUUCUACAAGAGAAUUAUUGAUUCCAACUGGAAAUACACAUGAUAAGUGCAUGGAAAAUGGCAAGAGUUUUAUUCAAGAGAACAAAUUAAAAAGUCUGACAUCCUAUGAGAAAACUCACACUGAAGGGAAGCAAGAUUUGGAGAAAUUAAACCAAGAGAAGCACCAUGUAUGUGCUACAUGCAACAAGAGUUUUAUGUGGAAGUAUCAACUUGCAUACCAUGAAAAAACCCACAGUGGAGAAAGGCCAUAUAAAUGUCUAAAAUGUGACAAGGGCUUUACACGCAAGGAUAAUCUCACAUCCCAUGAAAAAACUCAUAUUAAAGAGAAGCCAUAUAAAUGUGCAGCAUGUGAUAAAAGUUUUUUACAGAAGAGCAGUCUUGUAUCCCAUGAAAAAACACACACCGGAGAGAAACCAUAUACAUGUGCAACGUGUGCUAAAAGUUUUACAUGGAAGAAAAGCCUUGCACUGCAUGAGAAAGCUCACAUUAAGGGGAAACCAUAUACAUGUGCAAUAUGUGAGAAGAGUUUUACAAGAAAGAAUUACCUUAAGUUCCAUGAAAAAAACCACAGUGGAGAAAGGCCGUAUAAAUGUCUAAAAUGCGACAAGGGCUUUGCACUGAAGGGCAUUCUCGCAUCCCACGAAAAAACUCACACUAAAGAGAAGCAGUAUAAAUGUGCAGCAUGUGACAAGAGUUUUUUACAGAAGAGCAGUCUUGUAUCCCAUGAAAAAACACACACUGGAGAGAAACCGUAUACAUGUUCAAUAUGUGCUAAAAGUUUUACGUGGAAGAAGAGCCUUACACUACAUGAAAAAGCUCAUGCUAAGGGGAAACCAUAUACAUGUGCAAUAUGUGAGAGGAGUUUUACAUGGAAGAAUAACCUUAAAUUCCAUGAAAAAACCCACAGUGGGGAGAAGGAAUAUAAAUGUACCAUGUGUGAAAAAACAUUUAUAUGGAAGUCUCAUUUUACAUACCAUUUGAAAACCCACACUGGUGAAAGGCUACAUAAAUGUACUACAUGUGAUAAGAGUUUUAUAUGGAAGUACCAACUUGUCUACCAUGAGAAAACCCACACUGGUGAUAGGCCAUUUAAAUGUGCUACAUGUGGCAGAAGUUUUAUGUGGCAGUGGCACCUUGCAUCCCAUGAGAAAACCCAUACUGUGGAAAAGCAAUAUAAAUGUGCUACCUGUGACAAGUGCUUUGUGUGGAAGCACAAACUCGCAUACCAUCAGAAGAUCCACAGUGGUGAAAGGCCUUAUAAAUGUGCAAAAUGUGACAAGAGUUUUAUGUGGAAGUGUCUGUUGAUAUACCAUGAGAAAACCCACACUGGUGACAGGCUAUAUAAGUGUACAACAUGUGAGAAGACUUUUGUAGGGAAGAACAAGCUUGCAUCCCAUGAGAAAACUCACACUGGACAGAAGAAACCCAAAGGACUUGGAGAAAUUAAAAAAAGAGAAAAGAAAUACUUGGAGAAAGUAAACCGAGAGAAGCAACAUAUAUGUGUUACAUGCAACAAGAGUUUUAUGUGGAAGUGUCAGCUUAAAUACCAUGAAAAAACCCACAGUGGCGAAAGGCCAUAUACAUGUCUAAAAUGUGACAAGGGCUUUGCAAUCAAGGCUAAUCUCAGAUCCCAUGAAAAAACUCACAUUAAAGAGAAGCCAUAUAAAUGUGCAGCAUGUGACAAGAGUUUUUUGCAGAAGAGCAGUCUUGUAUCCCAUGAAAAAACACACACUGGAGAGAAACCAUAUACAUGUUCAAUAUGUGCUAAAAGUUUUACGUGGAAGAAAAGCCUUAAACUGCAUGAAAAAGCUCACAUGGUGGAUAAACCUUAUACAUGUACAAUAUGUAAGAAGACCUUUUCAGGGAAGACUUACUUUAAAUUCCAUGAAAAACCCACACUGGGGAAAAGGAAUAUAAAUGUGCAAUCUGUAACAAAGCAUUCAUAUGGAAGUCUCUGCUUGGAUACCAUUUGAAAACCCACACUGGUGACAAGCUACAUAAAUGUGCUACAUGUGACAAGAGUUUUAUAUGGAAUUACCAACUUGUAUACCAUGAGAAAACCCACAAAAACACAUGGCAGUAAGGGAAAAGAAGGGAAAAAUCAUGGAAGCAUCAAAUAGAGAAAACUGUAAAGCACUUAGGACACGAAGUGUCACAGUUGGAAGAAUACAGAAGAGAAAACUGUAAAGCACUUAGGACAAGAAGUGUCACUGUUGGAAGAAUACAGAAGAGGGAAAAGAUCAAAAAAAUGCUCAGAGACGGACGAGAUAGAUGCUGAUCUGUUCUAAUUCUGCAUGCUGCUUUUAUCAUACACUGUAUUGCAAAGAAUAAACUAAAGAUACCAGCACAGGCAGAAAAACGUAGAAGAUAUUCAGAUAAAUGUAAAGGAAAAGUACAAAAUAAGCAAUUUAUUGAUGACCCAAAAACGUUUUAUAGAGAACUGGGAAACAAGGCAAAAAGAAUAGAAACACCACCAAAAAAAUAAGAAAUCAACACAUUUUGGAGAGAAAGCUUAGAAGAUCCUGUGGAACAAAACAAAGAUGGUGAAUGGACAGAAGAAUUAAAGAACAAGAAACCCAAAUGUACAGGAUAUUAAAUGGGAUAAAGUAAUGGCCAGAGAAAUUGAAACAAAAUUAAGAAUAGCUCCUAAUUGGAAAACCCCAGGCCCAGAUGCAGUACCUAAUUUCCAGCUAAAAGUAUUAAUACCUUUACAUGAAGAUUUAGCCAUGAGUAAGUACUGUUUAAAUGCACACACCAAACCAACACCAACCUGGU